CAAGACAUAUAAAACCCAAACAAUCAUAUUAAAAAAAAAAAAAACAUUUCAUACAUUUUCUCUUUAAACAAUGGCUUCGAUCAUUUUCUUGAUCCUAGCAAUUCUUUUACUUUCCACAACUUCAGGAGCCACUUCUCGUGGGGAUUUCUUUGAAGUUUCUGCUGCCACGGAGAAACAUGAGCAAUGGAUGGCUCAAUUCCAUCGCGUUUACCCCGACGAUUCUGAAAAGAAGAGUAGGUUUGAGAUCUUUAAGAAGAACUUGGAGUUCGUGGAGAGGUUCAACAUGAACACGAACAUGACGUACAAGUUGGAUGUCAACGAGUUCUCUGAUCUCACCGAAGAGGAAUUUCAGGCGAGGUACAUGGGGUUAGUGAUUCCCGAGGGUAUGAUCGGAGACUCACCCGACAAAACGGCGUCGUUUAAAUAUGAAAGUGUCAGUGAAACCGGUGAGAGCAUGGAUUGGAGACAGCUGGGAGCCGUUACAUCCGUUAAGAACCAAAACCCAUGUGGAUGUUGCUGGGCUUUCGCGGCGGUGGCAGCCGUAGAAGGCAUAACGAAGAUAGCGAAAGGAGAGCUUAUAUCGCUGUCGGAGCAGCAACUGGUUGAUUGCAGCAGAAACGGCAUCAACAAUGGAUGUAAAGGAGGGGCAGCAUUGAAUGCUUUCGAGUACAUAAUCAAAAACAAAGGAAUCACAAGAGAGGCUAACUAUCCCUACAAGGCAUCACAACAAACAUGUUCUUCGUCAACCAAUUACGCUGCUGCUACCAUCAGCAAUUACGCAAUGGUUCCUCAAAAUGACGAGGAAGCAUUGCUUAAAGCGGUGUCUCAACAGCCUGUUUCCGUGGCCAUAGCCACAGGGCCUGCGUUUAGGAGUUACUCGGAGGGGAUAUUUGGUGGAGAGUACUGUCCGAGGAAUCUGACUCAUGCGGUUACUAUUGUUGGUUACGGGACGAGUCAACAAGGGACUAAGUAUUGGUUGUUGAAGAACUCGUGGGGACCAAGGUGGGGAGAAAAUGGUUACAUGAGAAUCAAGAGAGGCGUGGGAGCGUGUGGUUUGGCCAGUUUUGCUGUAUAUCCACUUGCUUGAAGUCCUAUUAUCUGUUGUUCAAAUAUAUAUAUGUAGUAGAUGGUUUUUGUUCAGAGUAAUUGACAACACCCAUAUCUAAUCUUAUGAAAAUGCAUGGUCCCACGUUGUCGUUGUUGGAGUCAUAUAUAUUGGAAUAAAGUUACGUUUUACGUUGGUGUAAUAAUAAUA